CGCUCGCUAGUUUCGUUUGAGUGCUCGCGACGAAUAUGACGAAUUUUGGCUUGCUGUUUCCCAUCACCGUCGUCUCAGUCGCCGUCGUCGUCGUCGUUUGUCGUCGAUAGCAGUCAUAGGAGGAAUAGCAAGAGUAAUAAUUGCAGAGCAGCUGUAUAGAUAGUGCGGAGGGUAGAUCGAAGGAGGCGCGCAAACACACGCCGUCUAUUGCUAUCGAGACUCUUUGGUUACGUAGUGGACCCCUCGCUUUGGGUGACGGAGUAGGCGGUGAUUCGCGGAUUCUUACGGAGCCAAUAGGUGGAUUAGUCGCGCGAUUCAGUAGUGUGUGGUGAAGUGAGAGCGACGUGAUGUGCUUGGUGGUGUUGGAACGACUGGUUGGGUAGAGUGUAUUGGUGAAAAUUGUUGACGUGUGUACUUACCUACAUCAUUGCGAUAUAGAGAAGUAAUUUUUUGUGGAUCGCGCUCGGUUUGUAGUGACGGAGCAGUAUACGUAAGAGACAAAAACGAGCAUCGAUUAGUGGACUUUCCGACACGAUUCCCGCGUCCAGGGCUGUCACGACCCGUUGGACUGAGUGUAAGUGAGUGAUUUGAGAGGCUGACAACCCUCGCCAUUAGCGGUUGCUUCACCGGAAGCGUCCGCUUUCCCUUAAGCCGUUGGUGAUUCGGUAGACUCUUUUUCGUGAGGGCUCCCGCCAAACCCCCCGAAAAAAAACCCCGCACGCUUGCCCGCCCACCGCCGCCACCUCCUCUGGGCACGCUGACCAAACAACGACCAAAAUCGCUACAACCCUGGCAAAACUGGCGGGCAACUCGCGAGGAGGAGGCGGGCUUUGGCAGCUGAAGCAGGAGGCCAUGGACAACAUGGUCGAGGAGAAUGGAUCCUCCUCGAUGGACCCGCUGGGAGCUUCCGGCGGCGGUUCGUCCGAUCAUCAACAACAGCACCAGCAACAGCACAGCAGUAGUAGUUCGGGGGCGGGGCCAGCGUCCCGGCUCAACAACUCCAGUGGGCCCAACGUCGGCGAAAAUCUCACCUCGUCCGCAAAUGUUGUACAAAUCCUGCCGCCGUCGCACACCUCCAGUGGCAGCAUCCAGGCACAAUCAGUCAUACAGCAGAACCAGCAAUCGGUGAUACAAACCGCAGCCGGCCAGAUACCUGCUCUACCCCGAGGCGUAUUAUUAGUGUGUAACAAACCUAGCUCAGUCAUUCACACCACGCAAGGCAGUUUGCAGGCUAUCCAGAUCAAACCAGAGCCGCACGUCGGCAGCGGUGGCAGUAUCAUGACCGAUACCAACAGUGACGAUACGAUGUCCGAUGACGAGGCCUCGCCAAAGAAGCGAAGAGAUUUACUAACACGACGACCCUCCUAUCGUAAGAUUCUGAGCGACCUCGGCGGAGCGGAAAUUGCAAAUGCCCAUGGCGAUGGCUCAGGACUGCAUGCGUUAGCAGCGACCGGCGGUGGCGUAGUGCAAUAUACCCAGGCCCAGGAUGGUCAAAUUUACGUACCUCAUCUUUUUCCCAAUGCAGUCAUCGGCGGCAACGUGCAGCUAGAGGACCAGUCCCGCAAGCGGGAGAUGCGCCUUCAGAAGAACCGGGAAGCAGCCCGCGAGUGUCGGCGCAAGAAGAAGGAAUACAUCAAGUGCCUGGAGAACCGAGUGGCCGUGUUGGAGAACCAGAACAAAGCCCUCAUCGAGGAGCUCAAAUCCCUCAAAGAGCUCUACUGCCAGCAGAAGAACGAUUGAGAUGCCGAUUGAGAAGAAGAAGACGCAAGAAGACAAUAGUCGGCGCUCGUCACGACUACCAAGUACCAUUUCUUGAACUAUUACGACUAGGACUUCAAUCAACAAAAGCGAUGCCGUGGAUGUGGUUUGUUACCGACCGCAGGGUUCGAAAGGACCCCCUAAAAGAACGGUAGACCAACCACCAAACCACAAAUACACGCAAACCUACACCACACCACAACCACCAUCCAAUAGGAUCAAUGCCUGCGUCCAUUUUGAACGCAUUUGCGGGCCCCUUUUUCCCCCGAAAAAAAAAAAACAAGGGGGAUACAACUUCAGAGAAGACAAAGAUGGCCGACGCAGUUCAGCAGUAUGUGACAUUCACACAUACCCAAAUCAAUUGAAAUCCAUCCAGCAGAGAAGAAAAAAUAUACUAAGCAGAAACCAGAGAGAAAACUAAGAUUUAUUGUUUGACGGACCCCUCGGUUCGGUUGCCAUCAGCGAAAGAUUU